AUGCAAGCCAUUAAACUCAUUACUGGUGCUACUCCUACUUGCUUUAGGCCUCCGUUUGGUGACGUCGACGACCGUAUUCGUGCUAUCUCCAAAGGCCUUGGCCUCACGAACAUCCUAUGGAAAUUCGACACGUUCGAUACCGUUGCUGGGCCGACAGGAAAGGUAGAAGAUGCUGAUAUUAAGAAGAAUUAUCAAGAGUUCAUCAAACUUGCUAAGAAUGGGACUUUCAGCAAGUCUGGAGCGAUUCUUCUUGCACACGAGACAAACAACCAAACGAUGCAGGAGGCGAUCAACUUUUAUCCCCAGUUGAAGUCCGCAUUCAAGCAUAUCGUGCCUAUUACUGUUGCUUAUAACAAGACCCAGCCGUAUGCUGAGAAGGAUUUCAAAUUCCCGGACUUCGCUAAAUACAUCGCCACCGAGCCCACAAAAGUGCAAGAUGGAACUUCAAAAGGAAUCGUCUCAACAACAGUAACUCCCACCUCUACCUCAUCAAUGUCUACUUCCCGCUCGUCUGCCAUCAAUCAGGCCAACGAUAACGGCGCGACCACGACACUAGCCACCGUUAAGGAAUCACAAACGGCUGCUGAUAACAACGUCAGUGGGUCGAAGAAGAAUGGGGCAGAGGCUUUAUUAGGCCAUUCUUCGACUUUGGUCGGGCCUGUUGUCCUUGCGUUUGUGAUGCUAGCUCUCGCUAGCCUGUAAUUUGAUUUUCGUAUUUAGGGGGUUUUAGGAUAUCUACAUGGACUCGGGGGACUCGGGAUUGUAUACGGUCACUUCAGCUGUAAAUGAACGUGAACACCGA